GUCCGGCAGGAGCCAAGGAGCUGGGCAUUAACGGCGUUGUGGGACGUUUAAGCUGCGAUCCGGGACUGCGGGUUGCGUUAAGAACAUCGGCACUGUUGGGCGGUGAUGGUUAUGAAACCUAAAUGAAGCCUUACAUACAAAGAAGAGAAGGUGUAAUUAAUGGCAAUGUGCAACGACUAAUCUACUGGAAGAGUCCAAAAGAAACAGAAUCUGUUUGUUUGCCACAAUGAAGAAAAUUAGUCUAAAAACUUUUCGAAAGUCUUUUAAUUUGAAUAAAGGCAAGGAAGAAAAUGACUUUGUAAUGGUACAGCAGCCAUCAAUGACAAAUAAUUUUGGGAAAGAUGACUCCUUGUUUGGUAGCUGUUAUGGUAGAGAUCUAACAGGCUGUGAAAUAAGUAGCGAGGAUGAAAAAAAUGGAAAGAAUAGGCCAAAAAGUGAAAGCUUAAUGGGUACAUUAAAAAGACGUCUUUCUGCUAAGCAGAAACAAAAAGGAAAGAGCAGUACAUCUGGAAACUGUGCUGAGGAAGACACAUUUUCAUCAUCUUCUGCCCCUAUAACUUUUAAAGAUGUCAGAGCACAGAGGCCAUUACGAUCAACAUCCCUCCGUACACACCAUUAUAGUCCAACUCCUUGGCCGCUGCGGCCAACCAAUUCUGAAGAGACUUGCAUAAAAAUGGAGGUUAAAGUAAAGGCAUUGGUUCACUCAUCCAGUCCAAGCCCAGCACUAAAUGGUGUUAGAAAGGACUUUCAUGAGUUGCAAUCAGAUAAUGUUUUUCAGGAACAAAGUAAUGCAUUGAAAAGUACAGAGUCACACAAUGGAGACUUGCAUCUACAUAUUAAUGAACAUGUGCCUGUAGUUAUAGGACUUAUGCCUCAGGACUAUAUACAGUAUACUGUGCCUUUAGAUGAGGGAAUGUAUCCUUUGGAAGGAUCACGUGCUUUCUGUUUAGACAGCUCCUCACCUAUGGAAAUAUCAACCAUACCUUCUCAAAUUGGAAAUGGUUUUCAUGAAGAGGAAAAUCAGUUGACACCCGAUGUAGUAGUGGCGCCAGACAUAUUUGUGGACCAGGCUGUUAAUGGUUUGUUACAUACAAGCAGUGGAGUCCUGUUUCAAAACUCCAGGAUUAGUCACAGUGAUGUCCCUCCACUUUCACCAUUACUACCUCCUGUCCAGAAUAGUCAAAUCCCAAGGACCUUUGCAGGACUUAAUAGCACAGAUGGAAACAUAGCUGAAAAUAUGCGUUGUCAUUUGAACUUUGAUCCCAGUACUGCUCCCGGUGUUGCCCGUGUUUAUGAUUCAGUGCAAAAUAGUGGACCUAUGGUCGUUACAAGUCUGACGGAAGAGCUUAAAAAACUUGCCAGACAAGGUUGGUACUGGGGACCUAUAACACGUUGGGAAGCAGAAGAAAAACUGGCUAAUGUGCUGGAUGGUUCUUUUCUGGUUCGAGACAGUUCUGAUGAUCGUUACCUUUUAAGCUUAAGUUUUCGCUCUCAUAGCAAAACACUUCAUACUAGAAUUGAACACUCAAAUGGAAGAUUUAGUUUUUAUGAACAGCCAGAUGUUGAAGGACACACUUCAAUAGUGGAGCUAAUUGAACAUUCCAUCAGAGACUCAGAAAAUGGAGCUUUUUGCUAUUCCAGGUCUCGUGUACCAGGAUCUGCAACAUAUCCAGUAAGACUGACAAAUCCAGUGUCGCGGUUUAUGCAGGUGCGGUCUCUGCAGUAUCUGUGCCGCUUUGUCAUACGUCAGUACACAAGAAUAGACCUGAUUCAAAAACUGCCUUUGCCAAACAAAAUGAAGGAUUAUUUACAGGAAAAGCACUACUGAACUUAAGGGAAAUUUGCAACUUGCACUUUGGGAACAAAGAGAUUUGAAAUACAGUUUACAAACUUUCAUUCAUAUCUGACUAUUUUGCUGCCAUACCAAUAUUUUAGUUUUUUGUUUUGUUUUUGUUUUUUUUAUAAAUGAGUCUAAUGCUUAUUUUCUUCAUUUCUAUUUUGAUAGAAAAUCUCAGUAAUUGUGUUAAACCACCGAUUUAUCAGCAUUCAAAAAUAAUCACAAUGUGAAAUAUUUAGAUUCUCCUAUUUUUUCAUGUUCUUAGCUGCUAUCCACUGUGACUAUUAUGCAUUAAAAGCACACAUUUCAUGUGUUCUUACCACCGCUGACAUUAAAUUAAACAUGUAGAUUUGGAACUUUA